CACUAAAAUUAAAAAAGAGAAUUCACAUGAGAAUCGCAAAGUGUGGACCUCAUGUCAGGUUCGCAUGAAUCGCGUAUUGUGGGCGUCAUAGAUAAACUAAAGAUAAAGACAUGGUACUCUUAACACAUUUAUUUGGUUGCACCUUACAAAAUUCUAAAUCUCUUGUGAACAUUACUACUACUAAUUUAGCAUUUGUAAGAUAUGCAUCAAAGAGAAGCAGUGGUAGUACACGUAAUUCACCUACUAAUCUAAAACCAAAGCACAGAGGAUGGAAAGUGCAAGAUGGACACUAUGUUCAGGCAUCUACAAUGUUAGCUACACAACUUAGACCUAGAUUUCAUCCAGGAUUAUAUGUUGGUUUUGGUAAAAAUGGUACAUUAUAUGCUUUAGAAAAAGGAAAGGUAAUGGUCACUUGUGAAAAAAUUAAUCCAAAUAUGGCUCGUUCUUGGGCUAAAUUGAAUUAUGCUGGCAGAGAAAACAGUGUCAUAUAUAAAAAACACUUUAAUAUUAUUCCAGAACCGCAACAUGAUAGAUUUGUAUUGAUUGAUACUAUUUAG